GAGCACUGACUGCUCUUCUAGAGGCCCUGAGUUCAAAUCCCAGCAUCCACAUGGUGGCUCACAACCAUCUCUAAGAGGAUCUGACGCCCUCUUCUGGUGUGUUUGAGGACAGCUACAGUGUACUUAUAUAUAAUAAAUAAAUCUUAAAAAAAUAAUAAACCAGGGCUGGGGAUUUAGCUCAGUGGUAGUGCGCUUACCUAGGAAGCGCAAGGCCCUGGGUUCGGUCCCCAGCUCCGAAAAAAAGAACCAAAAAAAAAAAUAAUAAUAAUAAUAAACCUUGUCAGGAAGAGGACUGAGGGACCGGUCUCAAGGACCUGUUGUGGAAUAUCCACCAGAGAAGACAUUUAAGGCAACAGAAACAUCUCUAUUAAUGGUUACUGCACUGGGUGUUCAGGGUCCCAGUGUGGUCCUGAGUGUCUCAGGGUAAACUUUUAAAUACAAAACCCAUAUCCUGGGUCGACACACUUCUGUUAACAACAACAGUUAGCCAGAAGCAGAACUGCAGAAGCCAAAAAGCAAGGUUCGUGAUGUCCCAGAACUGUGGACUUUGAUAGAUUAGGUCUAUGUUUUCACUUUUUGCUGUCUGUGCUGAGUUUUACAGCCUGAAUGGUGCUUCCAAUGUGCAGUCAGUUGUGCUAAGGUCUGGGGCCGUGUUAAGGACGUAGUGGGAAGGGUUAGAGGAGGAACCAUCAAGGCGCCACAGGAAGAUUGCUAAAUUUGUAUAUAACUCUUUUGUUUGCUUUUCUUUUGAGACAGUCUCACAUUGUAGCCCCUAGAUGGUCUUGAACUCACAGCAAUCCCACUGCCUCAGCUUCCUACCUGCUGCAGAAUUACCUGCCUUAAGUCUGAUUAUAUAACAGAAGGCUGAGAAAAUGGAUCUUCGAAUAGAUGGUGGGGACAAAGGUUGGGUGGUAGAGAAAAACCCUGGGGCUCCCUCACAGCCCUGCUUCGUGACUUCCUUCAGGUGAAAAGCCCUCUUCCCCAAUGUCCAGAGUCCUUGUUGAGAAAGACCUGCGUGGUCUCAUGACCCCUCUCCAACCUUCCUAGCUGGUGUUGCAAGAAGCAGGCAGUGGACGUGGGGGAGAAGAGUCUGCGGCCAGAGCCGUUGGAUGGUGGCGGUGUGGAGAUUGCUGCCUUUGACUGAGACUCCUGUGUGGCCUGGGCCUGCCUGGAACUCACUGUGUAUCAACCAUUCUGCCUCCAGCCAGUGUAGCCAUACUCAGUUCGUUUCAGAUUGUGGAAUCCCUCCACACCUGCUGGACCACAGGUCGGUUCACUGGUACUGGAGAGUUUAAGAUGUUGCAAGUCCAGAACCCAGUUAUCUUGAGCAUUCCAUCUUAACCUCCAUGGCCAUUUAUGGCCAUCCAUCCCCCGUGGGUGACCUAAUGUCUUUGUAGCUGUUAGGUAAACCUUUUGGAAUGUAACACAGAACACUAGCUCCCACCAACCAAAAUGCUAAGACUUCAGAUAGCAUCCAAGGCCUGUAGCCAAGAUUCCUCACUUGUCUGAGCGAGGCUUACCUGAUGCGUCCAUCCAGGUAUUUUAGAGGUGUCUGGAUAUAUGGGUUUUUCUUUUUAUAAAACUUCAGGGAAGGGGUUGGGGAUUUAGCUCAGUGGUAAAGCGCUUGCCUAGCAAACGCAAGGCCCUGGGUUCGGUCCCCAGCUCCGAAAAAAAGAAAAAAAAAAAAAAAACUUCAGGGAAGAUCCAGGUGGUGGUUUACCACCCUUCUAGCCCUUGGGAGGCAGAGGCAGGCAGAUCUUUGAGUUUGAAGCCAGCCUGUUCUACAGAAGGAGUUCCAGGAAAGCCAGGACUACACACACAGUAAGCCUGGCAUGAGAGAACAUGGCAUUAAUGGAAAACUUGUAUCUGCAUCUAUGUUCUUGGCCAUGGACACUCAUAUUUAGCUCUAGAAUAAACUGCCUUUUGUUCAGUUGAGAAUUGUGGUUUUUGUAUCCACUAGCUGUUUUUCUGGUUUGUUUUGUUUUUGAGACAGGGUCUCAUAGCCAAGGAUAGCCUUGAAUCCGUGGUCCUAUUGCCUCCCAUCUCCUCAGAGCUGCAGUUAUAAGCAUACACUACCAUGCCCAACUGGUGCUGGAGAAUGAUCCCAGGCCUUCUUGAAUGCUUGGCAAGUACUCUACCAUUCCCAGCACCAAGAUGGCAGCCCACAACCGUCUGGAACUCCAACGUGUUCCAGGGGUCCAACACCUAAGGUAACAAGCCUGGCCUCUGCGGGCAUUAGGCGUGCACAUGGUGCACAUGCAGAAACACUCAACACACAGAAAAAAUAAAUUAACCUUAAAAAAACAAGUAUUUUGGGGCUGGAGAGAUGACUCAGUGGUUAAGAGCACUGACUACUCUUCCAGAGGUCCUGAGUUCGAAUCCCAGCAACCACAUGGUGGCUCACAACCAUCUGUAAUGGGAUCUGAUGCCCUCUUCUGGUGUGUCUGAAGACAGCUACGGUGUACUUAUAUAAUAAAUAAAUGAAUAAAUAAACAAAUAUUUUUUAAAGUAGAUGAUACACAAAUACAUAGAUAUAUAGAUACAUACAUACACACAUACCUAGAUACAUACAUACAUACAUACAUACAUACAUACAUAUAUAGAUGCAGAAAGAGAGAGAGGUGAAAGAUACAUAUAUAGAUACAUGACACACAGUUUUGGCUGAGCUAUGCAGUAGACCCUAUGCACAAAACCACACUGGGGUCACUGAGGCUAAAACGUCACCUUCCUUAACCCUGGUGAGAAGCAACAGCCCAGUUCCCCAGCAGUCCCAUGUCUUAGUCAUUUCACGAAAUGGCCAGUCUGCUCUCUGUUCUCUGUUCAGUGUUCUCAAGCCUCCCCCAUCUCUGUUCAGCCCCUCAGAACACCCACUCUGCAUUGUAGAGCGAAGUGUUUCUGGGCUGUAGAAUUGGGCCAAUACAUCAGUCUGGAUUGUGUCCUAUGUCGGACAUAGACUAAAAGGACAAAUGGAGCCAGAUGUUAGGCAAGGCUUUUUGUGUAUGCGUGAUUUCCCAAGCCACACUCACCAUAUUAUAGCCUACCAAGUCCCCCAAGUUUCCCAAAUGGCCUCAGUCUGCUUCUUCUUUUCUUUUCACUCUGUUUCAGUUCUUGUUUUGUUUCUUUUUGUUUCUUUUUUUUUUUUUUUUUGACACUAUGAACUCCAGACAGGUUGCACCCAAAGUUCCCCUGCUUCAUAUUCUGAAGUGCUGGGAUUCCAGGUGUGAGCCACCACGCCAGACUCUAGCCAUUAUAUCGUGAUCUGUACAGACAUUUCUUUCCAGAGUGCAGCCCCGAGGUAAUUCCAGGAACUGACAAGGAUUGCUUCUAAGAAGACAACUGGUGACUACAAAGGGGAACUGAUUAGUGUUUAUACUUUGCAACUUUUUGUUUUAUUUUAUAUAAAAGAAUUUUUUUUAUUCACAGUCUCACUAUGUAGCCUUGGGUGUCCUGAACUCACUGUGUAGAUCAAGUUGACCUCAAACUCAUAGAGAUUUGCCUCUGCCUCUGCCUCUGCCUCUGCCUCUGCCUCUGCCUCUGCCUCUGCCUCUGCCUCUGCCUCUGCCUCUGCCUCUGCCUCUGCCUCUGCCUCUGCCUCUGCCUCUGCCUCUGCCUCUUCCCUCUGCCUCUGCCUCUGCCUCUGCCUCUGCCUCUGCCCUCUGGCCUCUGCCUCUGCCUCUGCCUCUGCCUCUCUGCCUCUCUGCCUCUCUGCCUCUGCCUCUCUGCCUCUCUGCCUCUCUGCCUCUCUGCCUCUCUGCCUCUCUGCCUCUCUGCCUCUCUGCCUCUCUGCCUCUCUGCCUCUCUGCCUCUCUGCCUCUCUGCCUCUCUGCCUCUCUGCCUCUGCCUCUGCCUCUGCCUCUGCCUCUGCCUCUCUGCCUCUCUGCCUCUGCCUCUGCCUCUGCCUCUGCCUCUGCCUCUGCCUCUGCCUCUGCCUGGAGUACUAGAAUUAAAGACCUGAGCUACCAUAAGUAGCUCAGAUUCACUUUAUCUUUAACUAUGUGUAUGUGUGCAUGUGAGUGUAGUGCCUGAAGAGGCCAGAAAAGGGUGUUGGACCCCCAGGAACUGAAGUCACAGGUAGUGCUCAGCCCCUAGAGAUUGACAUGGGUGCUGGGAACUCAACUCCAGACCUCUGCAAUGAAGUGCGUGCUCUUAACCAAUGAACCAUCUUCUAACUCCCUGCUCUUUUCUUUAAGAUGGGACUUCCUUUAGCCCAAGAUGGCCUUCAAUUAUAGAUUCAGAGCAGUGGAUGAACCUAACUUCUGAUCCUCCUGUUUCCACCACCAAGGUGCUGGGUUUGCAGAGGUACACCACCGAGGAGGCAGCCUCUCGGGAGCCCACACCUCUGUUGGGACCUUCUUCUACAGAAGACCUGCUGAAACAACUAGCCCGAGGGACUGAGCAACUGCUGGAUUCUUGGAAUUCCCAUUCACAGCUGCCCAUUGUUGGGUUAGUUGGACUGUAGGCUUCAAAACCAAGCGGGGCGCGGCGACCAUGGGUGCCUGGACUUCCAGAACCCGGAUCCCUAUGCCGGAGCCCGAUCCCCAGGAGGCCCUGGACCUGAGUCGACUGCCCCCGGAGCUGCUCCUGCUGGUACUGAGCCACGUGCCCCCGCGCACGCUGCUGGUACACUGCCGCCGGGUCUGCCGCGCCUGGCGCGCGUUGGUGGAUGGCCAGGCCCUUUGGCUGCUGCUGCUGGCCCGAGACCACAGCGCAGCGGGCCGCGCCCUGUUGACGUUAGCCCGCCGCUGCCUGCCCCCAGCCCGCGAAGGCACGCCCUGCCCGCUGGGCCAAUUCUGCGCAUUAAGACCGCUAGGACGCAACCUCCUCUGCAACCCCUGUGGCCAAGAGGGCCUGCGCAAGUGGAUGGUGCGGCAUGGUGGGGAUGGCUGGGUGGUGGAGAAGAACAGGAAACCUGUACCUGGGGCCCCCUCACAGACCUGCUUCGUGACUUCCUUCAGCUGGUGUCGAAAGAAGCAGGUUGUGGACCUAGAGGAGAAGGGUCUAUGGCCAGAGCUGCUGGACAGUGGUGGUGUGGAGAUUGCUGUGUCUGACUGGUGGGGAGCUCGACACGACAGUGGCUGUAAGUACCGUCUCUUUGUCACGCUUCUUGACGCUCACCAGAACGUCAUAGAGAAGUUCUCCUCUGUGCCGGACCCCAUUGAACAGUGGAACAACGAUGUCUACCUGCAGGUCACCCACGUGUUCUCCAACAUCAGGAGGGGCGUCCGUUUUGUGUCUUUUGAACACUGGGGCCAGGACACACAGUUCUGGGCUGGCCACUAUGGGGCCAGAAUGACGAACUCCAGCGUGAUUGUACGAGUCUGUCCAUCCUAGUCAAAAGGCCACCAUUUUGACAAGACAAUCUGACUGUGCCUUCCUGGAGCUGUCAUCUGGAAACCCUCAUGAGUCAAGCACUGUCCCUCCCUGGUUCAUGAAACUUUAGGAUCCACUGAAGGGUCCUGCUUGGCCUUUUUUCAGAGUCUGGAACACGGAAGUCCUCCAUCAGGUCUGCCUGUUGCUGCUGCUUUAGAGCAUGGGUGCCUGGGUGCCCGGAUGCACAGGUGCCUAGAUGCACGGGUGCCCUGAUGCAUGGGUUCCCUGAUGCAUGGGUGCAUGCUGGUCUUAGAUCACAAGCUGUCCCCGAUAUUGAUCCCUGACCCUUUUUUGAGACAGAUGCCUUUGGCGCUUUGUGCUGGGACUACAGGCACACACUGACACCACUCAGCUUUGUGCAGUGCUGGGGAUGAGCCCAGGGUUUCGUGCAUGCCAGGCAAGCAUUUUGCUCUCCGAGCAACAUGCCAGCAUCCCCUCUGGUCACAUGCUGUUUCUGCCUCAGGGACUUUCUCUGUCCCUUCACUGAAGCCCUCUACUUAUGGCUGAACUCAGAAUUUAUGGUUAGCAAAACUCCAGCUCCCUUGGGUAAGGAACCAAAGCUUUCUUGACUACAACCAGGCUUCCGUAUUGAAGGGUGUCUUAGGGUAUCUACCCACAGAUUUUCUCCAAACAAUUAGGAAGUGCCUAGAGCCCAGGCCCUGAUCAUCACAGAUGUCUAUAAUUGUGUUAUAUUUAAAGUUACCUUUCAUUUUCUCAAACAAUGAGAGAAUAACACACUGGCAAUAUCUACCUGCCAAUUGCACUGUAAUAAAUUGAUUAUUUUGCCUAAA